AUGGACAUCCCGAUCAUUGACUCGCACGUCCAUCUAUGGCCAGAAGCUCACCUUCCAACCAUUGCCUGGCAUUCAUCCGAAAAUCCGCUGGGUGCCCAAUACUCUGUCGAUGAAUACCAUCACUGUGCCACUCAAAAAGCACAAACAAAGGCACAGCCUGACUCUCCACCCCCUGGGAAACACUUGCGUGGAUUCGUCUAUCUCGAGGUAGAUCGCAUUUCGUCACUGGACGAAACCGACGGGGAGAAAGGGUGGACUCACGUGCUCGAUGAAGUUUCCUAUCUCACGCGCAUAGCAUUGGGCAGACCGUUGCAAGGGGAAGGCCACUCGGAUUCGCAGCGCGAACUUCUUCUGGCGUUUAUCCCCUGGGCUCCGGUGCCAGCUGGCCCGGUGGCAAUGGAACGAUAUCUAUCACUUGUGAAGCAGCGUGCUAUAGAAGAAAAUGUAUGGUGCAAGAUGCGUGGUGUACGUUAUCUUGUCCAGGAUAAGCCGCCGGGAACGAUGAUUCAGCCUGACUUCAUCAAGAGUCUGAGAUGGUUGGGCAGACGGAGGCUGACUUUUGACCUUGGCGUUGAUGCAAGGCAGGGAGGACUGUCGCAGUUGCAAGAGGCUGUUACGAUGAUUCGAAAGGCUUAUGAUGAGGUAGCAGAAAAAGACAUGGUUGCCAUUGUCAUCAAUCACCUGUGUAAGCCCAACUUGCACAUCUCGCCAACAGCGGCAGUUAGCGGACAUCCCAAAUUUCUGGAAUGGAAGAGACUGAUAAGCACGAUGGCCGCAGAGCCACCGACGUAUAUGAAGCUUUCGGGACUAUUCUCGGAAUUACCAGCACAGGCUGCGAAUAUAGCAACAAGGGAUCUCGUUGAGUAUAUGCUUCCAUGGCUAAACGUCGUUUUCGAAUCCUUUGGCCCACAAAGGAUUAUGUUUGGGUCUGAUUGGCCCAUCUGUAACCUCAGUGGAGGUGGUGCUGGUGCUUGGGCUAAAUGGCAUGAAGUGGUGGCGCAUAUCCUUGAUAUUCUGGGACUAAGCGACGAUGAUAAGGCGGCUGUUUGGGGAGGGACGGCUGCUAAAGCUUACGGGUUGGAUUUGAAUGUAUAG